UGCCUGAGACUUUAAGUGUAAGACGCUUAUGUUUUUUUGUUUUACAGACGCUCGCUCACAUUUACAUGCGUUACAUGCAUGCAUAAAUUAGUUUUGAAAUCUAAAGUGUCUGUUACAUUGAAGGCUUUGCGAAAGAUUCUGAAGUCGUGCCGUUGUUUCCCGGGCGGUGGAGCAGCCAGCGUUCCUUCUAGCAGGAAAAAGCGCCAACUUCUGCUGCACCGUGUGAUUCAUCUACUACAGUCUAAAUGGCUCAAAGAAGGAAUAUUCUGUUGAGAAGUAUAUGAAACUUCGACCUGGAAUGACUUGUCUGGUGAGGGGCGCUGUUGCAUCUUAGCAAAAAGGAAGAAACAAACCCUCAGGACACCAAAAUAAGAAGAUGCCGGGCCUGCAGGGUGAAACUGUGGCGGCGCUCAGCAGCCCUACCAGGAAGAGCAAACUGUCUCUGAAGUUCCUCCAGAGGAAAGAAACUAAACGGGCUCUGGAUUUCUCUGAACCACAAGCAGAGGAAGCAAAAACAGCUGAUCCAGAGGAGCACGAGGCCAGCAGCUGUGAUCAGGUGGUCCCCGGUCCGUGUCCGGCCUCUCCUGGCCUUCUCCUGCCUUCUGAGAAGAGAGAGAGCCUUGUGCCAUUUGUGGGACUCAACAACUUGGGAAACACCUGCUAUUUGAACAGUGUCUUGCAGGUCCUGUACUACUGCCCCGGGCUAAGGGAAGGUAUUAAGAAACUGUACAACCUGUCUAAAAAAGAAGAAAAAGUCAAGGAUGAAAAGGAUCAAAAUGAAGAGCAGUCAGAAGCCACAGCUGAGGCUUCGCCGGCUCACAUCGAGCUCCUCGGGAGCUUCAACAGUUUAAUAUCAUCAGUGGAGCAGCUGCAGUCAAACUUCCUGCUGAACCCUGAGCGCUUCAAUGAGGGAGAACUCGCCACGCCGCCACGGAAAAUACUCCACACUCUCAGGCAGCUGAACCCCAUGUACGAAGGCUACCUUCAGCAUGAUGCCCAGGAGGUUCUGCAGUGCAUCCUGGGAUACAUCCACGAGGCUUGCAUUACCAUCAAGAAGGAGCAGAAGCCCGAGGAGAGUGAAGACGUGACUGAGGUUAAAUCUGAGAGUCCAAGCUCUGCAUCAGAAGCCAUAACUCCCUCAGAGGAGGACAGCCAAGUCAGCGGCAAGAGGAAGAGCGACACCGAGGUGGGAAACGCCAAAAAGAAGCCAAAAUCAACCAAGUCCAAGAAAUCUGAUUCUGAGGAAGAUGUCAACAGAAACGCACCCUUCACUCGCUCCAAAAGAAAGUCCUCCAGUGACAUCACACUUCACAGCAACCAAGACCAAGACGGAGAGAUUGCAAAGGAAGAAAGCGUGAAGACACAGAACAGGGAGGAGGAUGGAGGGAGUGACGGUGAUGAGAAAGCUGGGAAAAACUCCAAAGAGUCCGAGGGGAAAAGAAAGAAGAAGGCCAAGCUGAGCUGGCUGAGGCCUUCUGGGAAACAGCCGAGUAUCUUCUCCAAGUUCCGCUGUGUGGGGAAGAUCAGCUCCAUGACUGCAAAGAACCAAACCAAAGCAGAGGAGGAGAACGGGACCACGGAGGACAAGAGUCAGAAAGAGAGGAGGGGUGCUGAGGAGAAACCAAGGAUCAUGGCUGAAGAGAAGAAGAAAGUAAAACACCAAGACGGCCUGGACCUGAUGGAGCGCCUGUUCCAGGGGCAGCUGGUCCUGAGGACUCGCUGUCUGGAGUGCGAAUGCUUCACAGAGAGGAGAGAGGACUUUCAGGACAUCAGCAUCCCUGUGAUGGACGAACAACCCAGCAGUCCAGAGGACCUGUCUAAGGUCUCUCCUGAUCCCAAACCAGAGCUGAAGACUCUAAAGUGGGCCAUCGGUCAGUUUGCUUCAGUGGAGCGUAUCGUGGGAGAGGACAAAUAUUUCUGUGAGACGUGUCAUCAUUACACCGAGGCGGAGAGAAGUCUAUUGUUUGAUAAAACUCCUGAAGUGAUCACCAUCCACCUGAAGCGCUUCUCUGCCAACGGCUUAGAAUUGGACCCGUAUGCAGGUCUGUCCAAAGUGAACACCCCCCUGCAGACCCCUCUGAUGCUGUCUCUGGAUGAGUGGUGCACACAGUCAUCCUCCAAGCUGGGUCAGCACUAUCAGCUGUUUGCCGUCGUCAUGCACAGCGGGGUCACCAUCAGCAGCGGCCACUACACGGCCUACGUCCACAUGUCAGAUCUGAAAGACACCAAGCUGUGGCUGCAGGACACGAAGGAAACGGAGGAGAAGGAGGAAGAGGAGAAGGAGACGAAAGAGGAAACUCAGGUGAAAGAAGAAGUGCUGAACUAUGAUGACGGAGAGGUGUCUUUCAGCCUUGGCGUAAAGGGACAGAGGGGUGCGGGUUUGGCUGGCAACAAAACAGGAGGUAAGAAGCUGUCGGAGGGGGGAGUCGGGCUCUUGGGGGGUCAGAGGAGCUUGUCUAGUUACGAUAUUGGAAACAACAGCAGCAAACACACGGAGAAAGCAGCUACAAGUGCGGCAACAGAGGGAUCUAAACGGAGAAAAACUCUGAACAGCCUGAGCCAGAACACUGCAGCAGGAAACCAGAAGGAGCCUGAGGCUGCUGCAGGAGGAGAGGAAGCAUCGACAACUUCCUGUGGUGGAGCAGAGACCAGCCAGCAGCAGGCUCUGAGCAGCCUCCACAAGUAUGACGGGAAAUGGAUGCUGUUUGAUGACUCUGAGGUGCGCUUGUUCGAGACGGAGGACUUUCUGGAAGCGUGCUCCCCUGAGAUGAGCUCGUCGUCCACUCCUUACCUGCUGUUCUACAGGAGGAUACCCAAACCUGAACUCUGAACAUAAACUGCUGCUGACGACUCAGGGGGGGGUUGUGACAGCUGGCGUUUUGGCUGCCAAGCACUCACACAGGACACCUCUUUUUUUUUUUUUGUUUGCAAUACUACUAAUGGUGGCAUAAAGACUGAGCUGCACCUGAACUAAUGAUAGUUUGUCAUGAACUCGGCUCAGAGAUGUCCACGAGCCAAUGUGGGCUCAAAGCUUAUUGAUAUAAAAAAACUCAGAGGAACAAAAAUCUCGUUUUCUACAUGCAAGAGACCUCUUUCUUUUUUUCGUUGUUACUCUUGCCUCUGUAGACCGAGUACAGUGGACUGUCUUUUUUUGUUUUUAGCUAUCUGUACUACAGUCUCUUGGACUCUGGCUUCUGUCCUGGUUGGUAACAUCCUGUUUUUCCAUGUUUGGUAGUCACUUCCUUUGUAUGAUUCCAAUUUUACAAAUUAGAAAAGCACUUUUUGAGCUCAAUUUAUGAGUGAAUGACAAAAAAUUGAAAAAUGUAUUUUUCUAUAGCAGGUUACACAAAUGUCAAAAUACACCUCAAAGUCAUUCUGUCCGGUUGUGGAGUUUUUUUUCUUCUCUCCCUUUUCAUACAAACUUCUUCUCACAGAUUUUUACAAGCAGAUACGAAGCUCAAAUUUUGGGCUGGAAAAACAUUCAAAGUUGGACACAUUUUAACACAAACACACAAAUGUGAAAUAUAAAUCUUCCUCAAAUAUGUACCACGUGCUUACAUAUUUCCGUGUGUACUGUUCAUAAUAAAAAGUUUUAACAGCAGUGUCUCCCUCAGCCUGAAGUUUUAAAGUGAAGAUGUGAAACUAACUUUUUAAAGUGUACCAUCUGCAGUUUUUCAGAUAACCAAAUUAAAAGAAUUGCCUCAAUUGAUCUCAUCCAGUUAAGAGUCAAAGUAAAAAUUUGUCGAGAAAAGUAAAGGAGAAUUUAGACAUUCCAGCAAAUUCCUGCUCUGUCUUUUGAUUCAACUCCAUCUUUCUGGAAAAUGGCGUUAUAUUAAAAUUCUAUUACAAAACAACUAAGAAAUGAUCAGUAUUAUCUUAAACUGAUGAUAACAAGUUAGAAAAUGAGCUAGUACAGAAUCUAAACUUAAAUAAUAAACUUAAACCUGGGAGGCAGGGCUGCAGUUGCUUUUGAUACAUCUUACUAAACUCUUAAUUUUGUUCGCUCUAAGUUUGUUCCAGAUGUGGCGGUACUUCUAGCAACAUGAUGUAAACUUAAUGCAACAUUUUUUAAUUAAUCUCUUCUUUUGUAAAAAAAAACAGCUCAAGGAAAGAUUUGAAGUCAACCCAAGUCCGGCGCUUCGCUGGAGGAAUUAGUUUUGUGUUUGAAACUCUGCCUGUGGAUGAUCAAAUGACUUCCCUGCUUGGUUAGUUUGUUUAAGUAAUUCUAUAACACGGCACGACAUGUAAAAAUAUGCAUCUGCUCAGUAAGCUUCAUAUUGUUCAUCUCAGGUUCUACAGCAAUGUAUUAAAAUCACAUAAUUUUAAGGAAUUUAAGUACUUAAUUAUUCACCAAAGUUCAGUUUCAACGCCAGCAUUUGAAUUAGAGUUUGCUUUCCUGGUUUAAAGUGAUGACAGAUCCAGUGCGUGUGCCGUCUCUGACUGUACCUCAUUCCAGCUGUAUUAAGCUUAACGAUGACACGUUUGUACUAUAAGCAAUAAAGUUUUUACCUUCACAUGUC